AUGUCAACCAUCACUGAGAUUACCACUCAGUCGCAGUGGGACGAGACUCUCGCCUCCCUGCCUCCUUCGACCCUGUUGGUCGUCUCCUUCCACGCACCCUGGGCAGCACCAUGCGCUCAGAUGGCCACAGUCCUCUCCACCCUCGCAUCAGAAUAUCCCGUCACAGAGCCUUUGAACACGAAAUGGGUAUCUAUAAACGCUGAAGAGCUAAGUGAUAUCAGCGAGGCCUAUGAUGUUACCGCUGUUCCGUUCCUUAUCCUCGUCCGAAACGGCCGGGUCGUAGAGACUGUCAGCGGCAGCAGCGCCGUCAAAGUCAGAACCGCCAUCGAGACGAAUGCCCAAAAGGACGCAUCUGCGCCGACCGCCGCUGUCAACGGUACCAACCAGACCAAUGCGCCGGUUACCAAGACGGACGGGGCGAACGCCGAUCCAGAGAAGCAGAAGGAGGAGCUUUUCAAGCGCCUGGCCGAUCUUGUCAAGGCCGCACCUGUCAUGCUGUUUAUGAAGGGAACUCCUAGUGACCCUCAGUGCGGCUUUUCACGGCAGAUGGUUGGCAUCUUGCGAGAAAACUCUGUCAAGUACGGCUUCUUUAACAUUUUGGCAGACGAUGAGGUUCGGCAAGGCCUGAAGGAAUUUGCAGAGUGGCCCACCUACCCUCAGUUGUGGAUUGAUGGCGAGCUUGUUGGUGGUUUGGAUAUUAUCAAGGAAGAAAUGGGCAAUAAUGAGGAUUUCUUCAAACCAUAUGCUGUGGGUGGGACUGCCGAUGCUGCUGCUUGA